GUGCCUCUUGCUCCUUUUCGGUUCGCGUUGAAAGCGCCAUCGGCUUCGUUGUCGCUCAUUUUGCGGUUCGGACUACACCAGAAUCGUGGACUCUCGUAUUGCAAAGUCGCUGUCGAGGUGUGUAAGACGCUCACUGAGCCACUCGGAUUCAUCAUGGCUUCAACCCAGUACGCACCACAAUCGCAGUACGCACCGCCUGAUGGCUUCGAAGGCUACGUGCCAUACGCGCAACAAGCUCCUCGAGAAAUCCCGUUCAGCGCAAAAUGGCACCGAGCAAAGAUUGUCAUUCGCGGCUUCAAUAUUGCGUUCAGCGCCAUCGUCCUCGGCAUCUCGCUCUCUCUCAUGUUUUACUCAUUUUCAAGUUCAUUCUAUCUUGUAUUCAGCGGAUUCCCCGCAGCCGCCCUUGUGUGUUGGGAAACCUCUGAACUCAUCACCAUCUGCGCGAGAGGGGGGAGGCGUGGAAUCCAUCCCGGAGCUCACGUCGGAAUGCACUUGCUCUUCUGGCUCGUCUUCAUGGUGGCCACGGGAUGGGAGAUUGCAAAUGUUAUCCUCCGCGACGGUCCGCGGUCGUGGGUGUUGAGUGGUGGCCAGGUCACCUCUAUGCAGGAUACUGUAAUGGCGUUCACUGCCCUCUUGUUUAUCGACAAUUUCACCCUCUUCGUCCGCGCCUGUAUUGAAUGCAAGCAGCGCAAUGCUCGCCCCCCUCCCGUUUACAUGGUGCCAAUCAACGGGCCGCCGCCGAUGCAGCCUGCAGGUUCAUAUCAGCCCUACCCGUACUCGCCGCAGCAAUCUUCUUUUCAACCGCAGCAUGACAAAGGCCAAAUGACAGGAGCCAAUGUUGAUACAACUGAGAGGGCAGCCGAAACAGGCCUAGACGGGACGUACUACGGCCCCGGAAGCCGAGCUUGAUCAAGCACUGUUGGAUGAGGGCAGAGGAGGACCUUGGAUACUUGGUAUGGAAAACGGAUGAUACCCGAAUAUUGGAAAUAGGGGGCUGAAUUCCAUCGAGCAAUGUAAUACAAUGUUCAUGGCGCUGGGCCGUGACAUACUAGAC